CGUCUGCAGUCGCGGCCAUGCCAACGCGCUGUUCGAUCUACGUCCGUCUCUCUCGCUCGCACGAGUCCCGCGCGACUCACGUGUCUCCGUCUCGCGCGCUAACGCGCGCCGCGCAUGCGCCGGCUCGUUCGAUAUAUCGAUAGUGUACGCGCGCGCGACCUUGACACGACGCGCAUAUAUAUUUUGCGCGGGGAGAUUAUUGUUAUUGGCACGCGGGCUGAUUAUCCCUCGAGGGGGAGACAUGCCGUUACGCAUCUUUAGAAGGGCAGGGACGAGAUUUAAUUAAGCUUCAAAGUGAAUUUUUCAUGUGCAAAAGAGAUUUAUGAUUACGUAUUCAGCGGUGAAAUUACCGAGCGUACCGCCGAAUAUUCGAACGUAUAUUCGAAAGGAAAACUAUUAGCAGCGAUUAAGCUUUUCUUAUUUUUUAUACACCUUUGAAAGAGGUUAAAUGUUGCCGAUUCACUUUCCCUUUUAUCGUAAAUAAUCUUUUGGCGAUAAAAUUUAAAAUACAAAUAGCUGAAAUUAAAAAUGCGCAUUUUCUUGCAUUUAUAAUUAACGAAUUAUAUAAAUAUUUACACUCGUAAAUUCGCCAAGUUGUAAAUCGAUUGAAGAAACAGAAAGUAUUGCUUAAAAAAAAAUAGGUCGAUGCACAUUUCUACAUAAAUUUAUCACAAAAAAAAAAUACGUAGCCUUUCAAAAUUUAAAACGAAAUUAAUUCUUUUCACGAUCCGCACUGUAUAAGUCAUGAUUAAAAAAAAAAUCUGCUUUAAUGCCAAUACAUUAUCAAGCAAGUCAUUCGAACAAACAAAUAGAAAAACCAUAUAAAUGAUUUAUAAGGCUCGCGACCUUUUCUGCAACUCAUCUGAUAUUCAUACACCUUAAUUGGAUAAUUAAUUCGCGACGGCGCCGAAAAGUGGCAUAAAAGGAGCACAAAUGGAUUAGAUUUAGAUCGGAGAUCGGUCUCUCACGGCACGACAAAAGAGGAGACGAAUAUAGGCAGAAAAAUCUAGGACAGUGAAAAUCAGCUCGUAUCGCGUCUCUAUAGAAUGAAACGAGAGCAUCGCACAAAUUGAUCGCCGGUUAGGUCCGAAGGAGUAAUAACCGUAUUCCACGUCGUUCCAAUUGAGAACUUUAGCUCAUUGUUGACUGAAAUUAAAAUCGCGUGCGAACGAUACAUUUGGAGAGAGAGAGAGAUCCAAUUUUAGAGGCGCGCAAAAAGUUAUCUUUUUUAUCACAUUAUUAGAUCAGAUUCUUUUAUUUCGGAUUUUUUUCGGUACACGGUUUAAAUAAGAAAUCAAACCUUUCGAAAGCUAUAUAGAACGGUGAUUUUGCGUCGGAGCUAAUUUUUAUCAUUGCAAUUUUAGCAAAGAAACUUCCGCAAGAUGUAAAUCCCAAGGGUGUGUUUGCCUGCAACGAGCUUGACUUAAAGGAAGUCCAAGUGUACGGAUUCGAUUAUGAUUACACGCUGGCGUGCUACAAGCCGUCCAUGGAUUAUUUGCUUUACAGUCUGGGACGUGAUAUGCUUAUAAAGAAAUAUAAGUACCCGGAGGGAAUCGCCGAUCUGGAGUACAGAGAAAAUUUCGCUGUCCGCGGCCUCCAUUACGACAUCGAAAAGGGUCUCCUGCUGAAGCUCGACAGCUUCCUGCAAAUUCAAUUGGGCGCCGUUUAUCGUGGUUUGCAUCCCGUGCCCGACGAAGAAGUUCUUCGAAUUUACAAAAAUAGGAUAAUACCGAUAGCUUACGUAGAGGCACCCCAUAAACACUCUCACAAGGAUGCUUUACAUCGUACGAAAAUGGUUCAAUUAGCUGAUCUAUUUUCGGUACCGGAAAUGUCUCUGUUAUGCAACGUAACGGAAUAUUUUCUACGGAAUCACAUAGAUUAUCAUCCGGAAAUACUGUUCAGGGACGUUAAGAAUUCCGUUCAAAGCUGCCACCCUAUAAUGCAUCAAUUAGUAGUAGAAAAUGUGUGUGAAUAUCUGGAGCAAAAUAAAGACUUGAGAAGAUUUUUCGAUCGGCUUCGAAAUGCUGGCAAGAAGAUGUUCCUGGUCACAAACAGUCCUUUCCAUUUCGUUGACAGGGGUAUGCGAUUUUUGGUCGGCGACAAUUGGAAGGAUUACUUCGACGUGGUGAUCGUUCAAGCGAGAAAACCAAGAUUCUUCACCGAAGAAUCGCGCCCCUUGAGAAUUUACGACGAAGCUAAUCAAACGCAAUUGUGGGACCGAGUCACGAAGCUCAACCAGGGCGUCAUAUAUCUUGAAGGAACAGUCAAGCAACUUCAGGACAUGACCGGAUGGCGAGGGCAUCAAGUGCUGUACUUUGGCGAUCAUCCGUACAGCGACUUGGCAGAUGUGACUCUGGAACACGGCUGGCGAACCGGAGCAAUAAUCAAGGAACUCACGCACGAGAUCGAAACGUUGAACGAUCCGAAGUUCAAGGAGAACGCGAACUGGCUUCAGAUGCUGACCGGCGUCAUCGAGGAGCAUCAGGAUUACGAGGGGCCGCAGGUGCAGGAGGAGCUGGACGAAUGGAUGAGGGAACGGGACCAACUGCGAAACGAGAUCAAAUCUGUCUUUAACAAACAAUUCGGCUCAGUAUUCAGAACAUAUCACAACCCGACUUAUUUCUCGAGAAGACUGUUCAGAUUUGCCGACAUCUACAUGAGCUCAAUCACGAAUCUCUUGGAAUACUCCACGAGCCAUACCUUUUAUCCUAGGAGGGGUGUGAUGCCUCACGAGUACACUAGCUACUUCGUGUAAAAACGUUGACACUUGUCGAAGUAAAUAUAUUCGUCGUCCAGCGAGUAGCAAGCGCUUGUAGAGCGUAUAAUAGAAAUCCACGUAAUAGAUAAUUUUCGAUCGAGAGAUCAACGGCAUUAUAGAAGAUGAUUAGAUCCGCGUAUAAUACUUCCGCCUUCUUAUUAGAUAUGUAACACAUUAUACGUGUACAUACAAUGUAAAUCUAUAUUGAUGAACGUUAAUGCGCUUUAGUCAACCGCGCGUAGUUACAUCUAAUUUGCAUUGAAAUGUAAUGUAUGUAAACGCGGUAAAACGGACAAGCGUAUAGAUCACGAAGUCUCUUACGUUAUCAAUAUUACCAUGACAAUAGCGAUAUUAUGGAAAAUGAAGUGAUACGUUCUAGCGAGUAAAAUGCAUAAAAUAGGAAACAAAGUCAAGCAGCUAUGCAAAGUAUUAUCGAGUAUAAAACUCUCAUUACAGAUAUGUUAAGAAUUAAUUAUUACUAUAGAGUUUAUUUUUAGUAUAUAAUUAGAUGGGAGAAAGAUAGAUUAGAUGAGAAAUAAAAAUAUAAUGUGUUUUUGCGCAACUGAAUUCAAAUACAAAUGUUAAAGAGAAUCACGUCGACCGUGGCUCAUGUUAAUACUCAAUUUAUUUUUGCAAACAGAAUAUAUUUAUCAUUAAUGCAUAUAAAUUUAGAAUUUAGCGUAAUAAAUUUAUGAAUAUGACAUAAAAAAUCUACAUAAAUAAGUACAAACACACGCGUGCGAUGUUAUUUUUUAAUCAGUGUUCGUAUAAAUUGAAUUUUUUAAAAAUCGAAGCCUUUUUUCAUCUGUUAUGUCGAUAUUGCUUGCUACAAUAAUACUAAAUUGUUAUUUAUUUAAUUAAAUAGCAACUUAGAUUAUUAGCCUUCAAAAUUCUAACGCUUUAUUUUGUAGCGUGUACAUUAAAAAUAAAUCUUUUGUCAAAAUUUAAGCAUGUUAUUAUAAAAAGAAAAUGAUAUUAUUUGUGUCAUAUUCUACAAAAGUAUAAAAUUUAUAUGCAUGUUGUUAAAAUAUAGUUGUUAAGAUAACUGUGUGUUCAGAAAUAUUAAACAUUUCAGUCAGCUACUGAUGAUUCCUAUAAAACAUAUAUUUAUUUUGUGUAUCACUAAACGAAAUAUGUAUACUAUGAUUUAUAUUAAAUAUAUCUUUAUUUUCAAUACAA